AUGUCUUCUCCAGCAGCUUCGCCCUCUCCUUCGGCGUCGCCAACACUACCAGACUCGUCUGCCCUCACUCCGAGCCGCAAAGUUCAAGCCCUUCUGGCUCGCUUCGAUGAUACCGACUCGGAUGCUGAUUCAACCUUGGAACAGCCCGCGAACCGCCAGAGCCCCAAUCGGGUUUCGCGCAUUCCAGCAGCAGCUCGUCCGCUCUCUACCAAAGCCUCAGAACCUCCCUCCAACGAGGAUGAGUUGGAUGAUGAUGACAUUCUACCUUUUGCUCCGAGAUCUCGACUUGCUGCUCGCCUGCAGGGUUUGAAUCCGAACCAUGAUGACGCGAGUGACGAGUCGGAAGACCCACCUUCGCAGAUACAAUCCGAUUCAGUUGCCCCGAAUAUGUCAAACACCGAAGACAUUCCAACGAAACCACGAUUGAGAAGGAGGCUACUGACCAAGCGGAGAAGUAGCCCAGUGCACACCGAAGUUGAUGGCGAUAGGAGAAUGUCCCCCUCGUCUUUGUUCUCUUCGCCACCUGCCAAAUCACAGGACUUGGUUAGGCCUGGACCACAAGAGUCGGAAUCAGAGGCUGAACAACCCUCGACCAGCAAAGGCAACUCUAAGUUUUUAGCCCUGGUUGCAAAGCAUCGAAAGCAGAGAAUGGAGAAAGAACAAGAAGAAUCCGCCAAAAAGGCUGCACGUGCAGAAGAAUUGAAACACCGGGAGGAAGAAAUUAUUCGACAACGUGGUUCGAGUCCAGCAGAUGAUACUGGAGAAGAUAGUGAUGUCUCUGGCAAUGAAGCGGCCAAGAAACUCUCUACUCAAUCUCGACCGGCACGCAAAGCAAGCAAAAAAGCCAUCGAGGAGAUCAACCGAGAAACCCAGCGAAUGAGUCGAAAUAUGCAGCUUGCCCACCAAGCAAAGGUCAAAAAGAGAAUUACUAAAGAAAGUCUCCUGGCGAGGUUCAACUUCUCAUCCUCUACAACGACUGAACACUCCGCAGCGCUGCCCUCUUCAAGCAGAAGUAACUCUCGAGCAGGCUCAGACAAUGAGGCUAACAUCCCUGUCGAUACACCACCUACGAGUCCGUUGCGAGAUGAAACGACCCCUCAUAAAGACCACAAAGUCGCAGAGAUUGACACAACCACCGAGAUACAACAGAUUGACUCUGCCGUCACUUUAAACAAGGGCAAAGGGCGAGCGCACCCAGACGAGCCAAACAUCCCGAUCGCAGUACUCCUUGCUACAGAAAGUCUGAACCAGGUUCAACCCCAGAAUUUGCCUGAAGCGACAGUUCCAGUGACCAAAACUCGCUUAUUGGGUUCUGCUCGGCAUCGUUCUCUUCCUUCAGAUGAAUCCGAUUCCGAACUUGAAGUAAUCACCAGCCGCGGCGAUCAACGCAAAUUCGCUGCCUUUGAACGCCUCCCGAAGCGCAAGGCCAAAGAAACGCAGUCCCAUCUAGCUCUCCGAUCCCUGGCGCACUUGGUCGGCGGCGAGGACCGUAAAUCAACCAUGAACGCUGCAGAGCUGGAGAUGACAUUAAGGAAGGCCGCACGUCUCCAGGCUAAGAGCGAACGAGAUGAGAAGAUUGCAGAACUUCGAGCGAGAGGCAUCAUGGUCCAAACUACCGAAGAUCGCGAGCGGGAGCAGCAAGAUGUGGAGGACCUUCUUGAGAAGGCCAGACAAGAAGCUGCGGAGAUUCAGAAACGUGAAAAGGCAGCAGCCAAGAAAGAAGGGAAUUACGUAAACGAUGGUCUAGACGACGAGGAUGAAAGUGAGGAUGAAGACUUUCAAGACGAUGACAACGUGGGAAUCUCCGAUGAUUCUGAGGACGACGAGGACGAUGAGGAGGCAUCUGAAGACGAGAACUCCGGUUCACCAAACGCCGUCGAUGCUCUUGUCGAUGAUCAAGCAAGUGAAAUCGACUCAGACGAGUCAUCCAUGACGGGAGACGAAUCCGAACAUGCUGCCGACCAUUCUGAAGCAGAGAUGGAGCUGGACACCAAUGUGCGCCAAACCGUUUCCCGCAGAGCUCGUACAAAUCGAGUCCUGAGCGACGACGAUGAAGACGACAUUCCAGCUGAGAAAGACGGAAACGAUAAGGUUCAGUCCCUAGGUCGCACCGGAUCACCUAAAUCCCCAGCGUUACCCACAACAACCAAAACGCCACAGUCAAUCCUACAAUCGCACAGGAAGCAAAUUCCUGGGUUGCAAAUGUCAGACGACUUUCCGAUUGGCCUCACACAAGCAUUUGCAGCGACAAUGGCCGACCCAGACAGCCAAGUUGACGCAGAAGAGCAAGACAGUCUUGAGAUGACCAUGGACCUCCCUUCUCCCAACAUCCCCAUGGCACCACGACUUGCUCGUCUGGAAUCUAUGGACAUCAUCACAGACAGUCAGCCAGCAUCCCAAACUCAGCCCUUGAAUGUGAGCCUUUCUUUCUCACAAUCAUUUCCUAUACCCCAAUCGCCAGCAAUUGGGCCGGGGAUCACAAGCACUCAAGCCACUCCAUCCCAAAGACACUUCGAGGCCACCCAAGAUGGAGACUACAUGCUAAGUCCAUUUAUGGGUGAUCGAUUCGGUACGGAAACUCCUCAGCAGCCGCAGCCGCACUCGACUAUUGAGACCGAGGCUCUUCCCGAAGGAAUUAAUGAGAGCCCUAUCUUGCAACGAAGGUCCAGACUCCGGCGAGGUCGAUUGCAGACUGAGUCUGACGAAGAUGAAGCUGCAAAGCAAGAUGAAUCAGCUUUCGAGAUCAUGCGUCGUGCCGCGAAAAAACCAAGUGAAGCAUUCGACAAGUCCAGGUCCCACGCACGGAACGUUGUGGAUGAAGCUGCAGAGGAAUCCGAGGAUGAAUAUGCAGGUCUUGGAGGGGCUAGUGACGAUGAUAUUGACGAGGAAGAAAACGAACAAGACCGAGAGAUGAUUGAUGAGAACACACAGAUUGGCCAGGGAGACGAAGCCAAACAUGCUAAAUUCUUUGCUGACCGAGAGCGAGAACAAGAUCAAGCAGCUGUUUCGAAACUCAUGAAAGACAUUACUACUGGCGCGUUGCGACGAAAACGGGGGAACGACGAUCUUGACCUAUCCGAUGAGGAAGACGCUGCUGUCAGGAGAAGAGAAGCCAAACGACGAGAAUUUGCCAAGAUGCGACAAGCAUUACUCAAGGACGAGGCAGUUGGCAAGAUCGCCGAGGAUAAGAAGAAAGAAGCAUUCCUGCGAAGUAUCGAGGACCGAGAAGAAUUCAGUGAUGACGAUGUGGGCGGGUUUAACGAUGGCGCAGAGCCUGAGGAAGAAUCUCAAGCCGAAGAACCAGAGAUCCAGUCCAUGGAACCCGAACCCGAAGCUGACACUGGCAAGGAGAAACCCACUCUUGCUCAAGGCCCUACCACGCAGCCAUUGAUUGCUGCGCCAGCAUCAAAAAUGAACCAAAUGCGACGUGGCACCGGCCGAGUUGCAAAUCCUGCUAGUGUCAGGCCUUUGACUUUGGCUGAGAUUCGGGAGUCGGUUUCGUUUCUCGUGGAAGAACCAGAUUCUCAGGCUGCCAUGAUUGACUUGGGGCUAUCUGACUCAGAGGACGAAUCAGAAGCAUAUGUCAAUCUCGACCGACACUUUAAAAGAGCGGAAGCAGACGAAAAUGCCGAGGACGGGGAUGAUUUGGGCGACUUUAUCGUCGAUGAUUUGGAUCAAAGUCGAGACGAGGCUGCUUUCAAGAAACCGGAAGCUCCAUACAGUGAAACUCGGGCACCAUAUUCCGAAAGACGGACCAAUCGACCGAAUGUGAUCAACCGGUUGAACAUGCUACGCCAGUCAUCGUCCUCGAGCUCGAGCAGCGGAUCCCGAAUGGCUUUCUACAGCUCGAGCACAUCAGCAAAUGGAAGCUUAUCGAAUGUUCCCAGUCUUCUUCGGCGUGCAACGACCAAUUCUAGUCGAGGAAGUAUCUCCGGGCGAAAUGAAACAGUAUCAGCAACAGGGGUGGUGACCAAUAAGCUGGAGCGAGGGUCGGCUAGCGCAGAAAAAGAAUUCAUUCGCAAAGGCAAUGGCGGAAGUCGAAAUGCAGUCAACUACAGACCGACAAUCAGGGAAGAGAAGAUGCAGCAGCGAGCAGGUGUCAUCAAGAAGAAGACAGCGGCCAAGGCAAAAAAGAGUCAAGGCGGAUUUCUGGGAGGGUUAUUCGGAAACGACAGCUGGACAUGAUUGCGUUUAAUGUGGAUUAGGAAUAGGUUCUAGGCUGGUUAGAAUUGAAUUAGGAAACAUGGCAUACUGUGCAUGGC